AUGGCCGACUCGAUCCCGCUCUACGUCGUAGACGGCAUUGCGACAAUCUGGGACGCGCAGGCCGUCGCGACCGCCCAUUGCGCAUAUGACAUCUCUGGCCUGCGAGCCGGAACACUUCCCGGCGUGGUGCAACAGAACGCCUUUCUCGGCCUCCCCGUCACCUUGAUGCCUGAAGAAGCAUCCCAUCUAAUCAAGCAGGGCGUGGCGCACCUCGUUCCCCUCCCCUCCCAAAUCCGGCCACCAUCCAAAGAACUCGUGGCACAGCGUACCGCCGCCCGGAUUGCGCGUAACCGUGCCCUUGCCCUGGCUGCAUGGGCCGACGAGGACCGAAGGGCCGCCGCGUCCGCGGCCAAGUCGGCCAAAGCCGGUGCUGCGGGGGCUGAGAAACGCGCUUUGAGGGCGAAGAAGCGGGCAGAGGCCACACGUACAAAGGCGCUGGCGGAUGGAGAGGACCAUGAUGUCGUGCAAGAACGAUAUGUGGCUGCGAUGGCAGCAAUCGACGCUGCACCACCAGCACCAACUGUGGUCGUCAAGGAACGAGGCGUGCCGACGUCGGAGAAUACCAACUUGUUCACAGUCGUUCCGGCCAUGCCUGUCAUUGAUGGUCUUGUGGAGCGCGGCCGAGACGGUGAGGUCGAGGUUGAGGGGGAUGGUCUUGGCCAACGUCCCGGAGGAGGCGAUCCCAACUCCGCAUCGAGCUGCGUUGAAUUGUUUCCCGCAAGCGUGCGUGAUCGCGCUCUGGCUGAUACGUUUGCCGCUCUUAAUGCGCGCGGGCUUCGGAUGGGUCUUGGGCCACGGUUCGGCGGCGAGUGGCUCGUGUAUCCCGGCGAUUAUCUUCGCUAUCACGCCCACUUUACCUCACAGGUCAUUGUGCGCAACCAACCUAUCCGGCCGGCAGAGCUUGUCGCCUGGGGUCGCCUGGGGACGGGCACGAAGAAGGCAGGCUUGCUGUGCUGUUGGGAUGAUGGGGUGCGCGCUGGGAACGAGGAGGCCAAGGAGGGCGUGAGCGAGGUCGAGUUCUACUCGCUCGAGUGGGCCAACUUCGGGUAG